AUGAUUCCCCCUUUCGAUUACUUCACGUACCGCCGAGUACGCAACCAAAAGCGGGCCGAACGAGAGGCCCGGUUUGCCUCUUUGCCCUUUGAAUAUCAGCUUGGCAUCACCCCGAGCGAGAGGAAAAUUCUCGAUCAGCCCAUUGAGGAACUAGUCCAGGAUAUCCAGAACUCGACAACUUCUCCUCUCAGUGUUCUCCGGGCCUACGGGAAAGUCGCCAGGAGGGCUCACAACCGCACAAAUUGUAUCACCGAACUUCUACUCCCGGAGGCGGAAUCUUGGCUUGAAUCCGAUGUCAACCUCAAGGGACCGUUGGCGGGCAUCCCCAUCUCACUAAAAGACUCGGUCCAAGUUAAGGGCUUCGAUACCACUCUUGGCUACUCGGCAUUGGCCGGCAAGCCCUUCGAAGAAGAUGGCCCCAUGACCAGGCUUCUGAAAGAUGCCGGAGCUGUGCCGUACGCGAAGACGGCCCUGCCCAUCACUCUUCUCUCUUUUGAGUCCGCCAAUGGCCUCUGGGGCCACUGCCUGAACCCCCAUCACCCUGGCUACUCCCCCGGUGGCUCAACUGGCGGCGAAGGUGCGCUGCUGGCACAAGGUGGUCGCAUUGGUAUCGGAUCUGAUGUUGCUGGCUCGGUCCGGGUUCCGGCUGCCUGGAGUGGUAUUUACUCCUUGCGAUGCAGUACUGGUCGGUGGCCCAAGGUGGGAGUGAGCACUAGCAUGGCGGGCCAGGAGGGCAUUCCCAGUGUCUUCAGCCCAAUGGCGCGUACCCUGAACGAUCUCACCUAUUUCACCAAGGUCAUUAUCGGCAUGCAGCCCUGGAAAUAUGACUACACUGUCCACCCUAUUUCCUGGCGUGGUGAGCUGGAGACCGAGGCUCAGAGCAAGCCUCUUCGUAUUGGGCUAAUGAGCAGUGAUGGUGUCGUCCCUCCCACUCCCGCUAUCGAACGCGCCAUCUCCACCACUGUCACUGCAUUGACCCAGGCCGGCCACACCGUGACCGAGAUCACACCCCCGGCAACUGCAGACCCCUUCACGGGUCUCGAUCUUGCUUCGCAGCUCCUCAACUCGGAUGGCUGCCACCACUUCAAUGCCAACCUUCGCAGCUUCGAGCCCUCUGACCCCGGCGCCAACCAACUCAGCCGAAUCGCCCACCUGCCCCGGCCGCUGCGCUACCUGUACUACCUCUACGUGCGAUACAUCAAGCGCGACACCGUCCUCGCUACCCUGAUUAAGAACUUCGGCCCUAAGUCCUCCGCCGCUCUAUGGCCGCUCGUGGCCCGCCGUGAAAGCUUCCGCGCCACCUGGCAUGCGUGGUGGGACGCCGAACCCCAGCAGUUUGACUUCAUCCUCUGCCCUGCCAACGCCACCCCGGCCUUACCGCACAAUGCCAUGCAUGACGCCGUCUCUUCCUGUGGCUACACCUUCCUCUGGAAUCUGCUGGACUACUCCGCCGGUGUCCUGCCUGUCGGCCACGUCGACGCCGUCCGCGACGCCCUCGUCGCCCCCUACAAGACCGCCCUGAAGCGCGCUGGCGCCGACAACGCUAUCUCCCGCGGUGCCUGGAAACACUACGAUGCCACGAAGAUGGCCGGCCUCCCUACCGCCGUGCAGGUCGUCGGCCGCCGCUGGCAGGAGGAGCAAGUCCUCGGCUACAUGGCGGUCGUCCAAAAGGCGCUCGAGGCGUACCGCGAUCCGGAGACCGGCGAAAGUGGCAAGUAUGAGCUGUUGCCGAUUGGUUGA